AGUGCCAAAAAUAUAGAGAGUGUCGAAAAUGUAGAGAGUGCCAAAAAUUUAGAAAGUGUCAAAAAUUUAAAAAGUGUUGAAAAUGUAGAAAGUGUCGAAAAUUUAAAAGUACCAAAAAUAUAG